AUGGGGGAGAGGACAUUGCUCACUUUGAUGGUCUUUUCUUCACUCAUAGUACUGGCAGAAACUAUUGCUCAAAAGCAUGGUAUUGAAAUCUACAAACUCCAUGUGGACUCCAAGGUCACAUCACGAUUUGCUCACACCCUCAUCACCAGCAAAAUUGUCAACAGAGCUAAGGAAUCCAGAGAGGUCACCUUUGAAGUGGAGUUGCCCAAGACAGCCUUCAUCACCAACUUCUCCAUGUCCAUUGAUGGCAAAGUAUACCCAGGAAUAAUAAAGGAGAAAGCUUCUGCUCAAAAGGAAUAUGACACUGCGGUCUCCCAGGGGCAGGGCGCCGGCCUCGUCAGAAUCACAGGCAGGAAACUGGAGCAGUUUCACAUAUCCAUCAGCAUUGCUGCCGCCAGCAAAGUCACCUUUGAGCUGACCUAUGAGGAGCUGCUGAAGCGGCAGCUGGGGAAGUUUGAGCUGCUGAUCAAGCUCCGACCAAAGCAACUUGUUACACACUUCCAGAUUGAUGUGCACAUCUUCGAGCCCCAGGGCAUACGCUUCUUGGAGACAGACAGCACCUUCAUGACAAAUGAGCUCACCAAGGCACUCACCAAAGUGCAGAGCGAAACCAAGGCUCAUAUUUUAUUUAAGCCAACUGUAGAUCAACAGAAGAUGAAUCCUGCGCUCAACGAAAACCUCCUGAACGGUGAUUUUGUUGUGCGUUAUGAUGUUAAGAGAGGUGCCACUGCAGGUGAUAUGCAGAUUGUCAAUGGGUAUUUUGUGCAUUAUUUUGCACCUCAUGAAAUGCCAGUGUUACCCAAAAACGUUGUCUUCGUGAUUGAUCGGAGUGGGUCCAUGGCAGGCAGGAAAAUCGAGCAGACGAGGGGUGCCCUGCUGAAGAUUUUGCAAGACCUCCACCUGAAAGAUCGUUUCAGCUUUAUCACCUUCAACAGCAAAGUAGUGGAGUGGAAGAGCUCUUUGCUGCAAGCCACUUCAGAGAAUGUGGCAAGUGCUGCAGGAUUUGUGCAAACAAUUUCUGCUAGUGGAGGCACAGACAUCAAUCGUGCCCUGCUGGCUGCCGUCAGCGUGCUGGACAAAGCCGAGAGGCUGCCAGAGAAGAGUGUCUCCAUGAUUAUUUUGCUGACAGAUGGCCAGCCCACUUCUGGUGAGAGUAACGUGGAAGUAAUUCAAGAAAACAUUCAAAAGGCAGUCAAUGGGAAAUAUGCUCUUUUCUGCCUCGGCCUUGGGUUUGAUGUCAGUUAUAAGUUCCUGGAGAAAAUGGCCCUAAGCAAUGAGGGCUUAGCACGUCGUAUAUACGAAAACGCUGAUGCAGACUUGCAGCUCCAGGGCUUUUAUCAAGAGGUGGCUACUCCAAUAUUAAUGAAAAUUGAAAUGCGCUAUCCAGAAAAUUCUGUGGAGGGAUUAACGAAGAACAAUUUCAAGCUGUUUUUUGAAGGAUCUGAAAUUAUAGUAUCUGGGAAAAUUAGCAAUGAGCUUGAUCUUUUGCCAGUAGAAAUUAAAGCUCAGUCAUACACUGGUGGCUUGACUCUUAGAGAAGAAGCAAAUGUCAAAGAGAAGGAGCAAGUGUUUCAGAAUCAAAGUUACAUCUUUGAAAAUUUCAUAGAGAGACUGUGGGCUUACUUGACCAUUCAACAACUUCUGGAAAAAUCUAUUUCAGCACAAGAAGAGGACCAGAAAAUCCUGGAGGCAAAAGCCUUAGAGCUGUCUCUGAGGUACAGCUUCGUUACUCCCCUCACUUCCAUGGUGGUCACCAAACCUCAUGAGCAGCAGCAGAUGGAGCUGGCAAACAAACCCACCGAAGCUGAUAAUGAGAAGUCCAGCAGUUUUCCUGUAGGAGCCAACGAAUACCCACAGCUUCUCCUGCAGUUACCCAAACAAAAUGAUAUUAUCUGUCUAAGUAUUGAUGGACAAGCACAGCCCUCUGUCCACCUGCUGUCAGAUCCAGAGCAAGGACUCACUGUGAUGGGGAAACUUGGAGACAGAACAAAUCACUUUGUGCAGCUGGAAAUUAACUAUGUGAAUCCCCCCGCACAAAUCCACGUCUCCACCAGUGGGGUCAUCCUAGGCCACAGCAACAGGAGCAUUCAGCUGCCUUGGACAAAGUCAGCCACCUCCACCAUCCAGGGGCUGAGAGUCUCGGUUGAGAAGGAAAGGAGCAUUACUGCAUCCUUGUCUGAUACGGUCACGGUCAGAAUUUCCCUUGUAAAGAUCCCAGAUGCUUUCCUUGGGCUGGAUUUCCUGCACCCCGACCGCUUCUCUGACAAAGUCAGCGGAGCUCUGGGUCAAUUUUACUCAAGAGCACAAUUUGAGAAUAAUUCCAAAGUCAAUCAAAGAGCCAAUGAAAGGCUCCUACGUGUGUCUGGAUCUGAGCACAAAGUUACCAGGCAAUACAAGAAAGAUUACAGACUUGAGUCAACCAGUGAUCCUGUUUCCUGCUGGUCAAUAGAUCUAACUCCCUAGAAAAAGAGUAUUCUGGGAAAGAAAA